AUGAUGGACUCUCCUCAGUCGGAAAGUUACCCUGAACAUCACAUGCGUUUCUCUCACGACUCAAAUGAACAUGAGGAAGAAUACCUCGUCUCCAGAGAUGAGCUAAUGAACCUAACUUCCAAAUACAUUGAUAAUGAUAAAUAUCUAAACAAGUACCAUCCUGAGUAUAUUCCUGGUACUUACAAUAUCUUUUUAGACAAGAGUGAUUCUGCAAACGUGAGCGGAUUGAAGACUACAAAGUCGGGAAUCAUUCUACAUCCUCAGCCCACGGAUUCCCCUAAUGACCCGCUCAAUUGGAGUGGUUGGACUAAAGGUUAUCAGCUACUAAUUCUUAUUUUCAUUACUGCCUUUACUGCUGCAACUUCAAAUGAUGCAGGUUCGACCCAAGACUCCUUGAAUGAGGAAUAUGGCAUAUCUUACGAUGCAAUGAAUACUGGUGCCGGUGUACUUUUCGCCUCGAUCGGGCUAGGAUGUUUGUUUCUUGGUCCAACGUCCUCCCUAUACGGUAGAAAACUGACUUACUUGCUAUGUAUUCUUUUCGGUUUAGUCGGUGCUGCCUGGUUUGGUGCUUCAAAGAGAACCUCAGAUACAAUCUGGUCACAGUUGUUUGUCGGUGUAUCGGAAAGUUGUGCUGAAGCUUGUGUGCAGUUGUCAAUUUCUGAUAUGUUUUUUACCCAUCAAUUGAGUUGGGCAUUAACUCUAUAUAUUUUGGCUACUUCUCUCGGUACCUAUUUAGGCCCAUUAAUAGCUGGUUUUAUUACGGAAUAUACCAACUUUAGAUGGGUAGGAUGGGUUGCAGUUAUUAUCUCUGGGGGGUUGUUACUCAUUCUUGCAUUCACUCAAUACGAGACUUACUUUGAUAGAUCCAGAUACACGCCAACAAACCUAUCAGAGAUUCAUCAAUAUACCCAUCAUAAUAACGAUCUAGAUACUAAGGUUUUAAAAGGUAAAGAGGAGUCCAGCAGUAUUGAGAAGAAUCAACUAGAAUCAAAUGAAUUAGUCCAAACUAAAACCGACGAAUUAAAGGAACAGAUUGAAAAUGAUAUAGAAAAUGAAAGCUUUUACAUUUUAAAUAACGGUGCCGAAGAGAAGGAACAUUCAUAUUGGAGAAAAAUUCAAUUUAUAACUUUGGCAACUAACUUACAAGGAUGGGGUAUUAAACAGUAUCUUUCACGUUUAUUCUCAAUGUUGCGUGUCUUUUGGUUUCCUCCAGUUGUUUUGUCUGGAAUACUUUGGGGUCUACAAGAUGCUUUCCUAACUUUCUACCUAACAACUGAAGACGAUCAGUAUUAUGAUCCUCCUUAUAAUAAGUCUGAUACCGGCGUGGCCUUGAUGAAUAUACCCUGUCUAAUUGGCUCUGCCGUGGGAUGUUGCUAUGCUGGUAUUAUAUCGGAGAAAUUUGUGGCAUGGAUGGCGCAUCGAAGGAACGGUAUUCAGGAGGCAGAGGAUUACCUCUACUUCUUAGUAGGUGUUUUCAUUGUUUGUCCUAUUGGUUUGAUGAUAUUCGCAGCAGGUACUGACCAAGAAUGGGGGUGGGGAUACACCUAUGUCUUUGGUUUGGGGUUCCUUGGUUUCUCAUUUGGUUGUUCUGGUGAUAUUGCAAUGUCCUACUUGAUGGCUGCAUACCCUGAAAUGGUCAUUGAAGGUAUGAUAGGUGUUUCCAUGAUAAACAACAUGAUUGGGUGUAUCUUUACAUUCACUUGCUCCCCAUGGUUAAAUGCAAUGGGUAACACAAACACAUAUGCAAUUUUGACUGCCUUCCAAGUCAUUGCAUGUUUAUCUGCUGUUCCAUUUCUCAUUUGGGGUAAAAAGAUGCGUUUAUGGACCAGAAAAUACUACCUUGAUUUUGUGGAAAAGAGAGAUGGAGUCGAAAAAUCAAGCUGA